CGCUUCGUGAGAGUCGUCGCACUCAACAAAAUGCUCUCCGCGUUCGUCCUGCCCAGUGCAGCGCCGUCCCCGUGCGGCGGCUUCUGCGAGAAGCAGGUUUGCAUCAAGAGCGCAGCGAACCUCGCAAUGAAAAACGUCGAUAGCUGGCCGCGCAAGCCCGCACCGGAGUCGUGGGUCAAGUUUGAACUGGGCGGCGCGCUCGUGUGCAAGACGGAGCAGCACGAGAACAACGCCUCCCCGCUUUGGGACCGCUGCUGCUUCGUGCACGGCUCGCACAGCCACUCGGAGUACGUCUUCAGCGUCUUCGACGGCGACUACUCCAGCGAGGAGGGCGACUGGCUCGGCACCGCCGUACUGCCCGCCAACGCGACGGCGGGCGUGUACGAGCUUCCCCUCGCCGGCGGGGAGUUUGAGCCGCAGGAGGGGACUCUUCUCAUCGAGAUCCCGCUCGCCCCGCCGCCCCCUCCUCCUCCGGCGGACGACCGCGCAAAGCAGCUCAAGUACGACGUGUCGAGCAAGCUGCUCCUCGACAGCGCCAAGGGGGGCGAGGGCGAGGAGCGCAAGUUUCUCUGCAUCAUGUCGGCCUCCGGGCUCGUCGAGACGGACUUUUACCCGCGCGUGGGCAAGUCCCGGUACCCGGACUCGUGGGUCAAGAUCUCUUCGUUGACCGACGAGACGGCGAUGAUGGGCAUGGGCAAGCAGGAGAUCGUCGACAUCAUGGAGAGGGGGGACCAGUCCGCCAAGGACGAGCUUUACCGCCGGGUUUACCAGUUUCAAGCCGAGGUCAUCAACAAGGUGUCGGCGGGGCAGAUCCGCUCCGACCCCUCCAACGAGGACGUCAUCGACGAGGAGCACAACGCACGGCCCGGCGCGGAGCCCGAGUAUGAGUGCGCGACUGGCACCGUCUCCAACUCUCUCGAGCCGAACUGGUCCUUUUGCUGCGACGUCACCGCCUUCCGCGGCCGGGGGCUGCUGCUGGAGCUCUACGACGAGGACUCGCUCUACUUCGUCAACGACUUUCUGGGCGCAAACAUGAUGGGCCAAAAGACCCUCCAGGACGGGCAGUACCAGCUGCCCCUCCUCUCCGGCAUCAUCGGCCACACCCAUAAGCCCGCCCAUCUCAACGUGCUCGUCGCCACCUCGGCCAUGCCGCCGGUGGCCAACGUGGGCGAGGAUUGCUGGGAGGCAUGCGGCGAGAGGGGCGGACACUGCCCCGGCUUCUGCGGCGCGCUCGGGGCUUGCUGCAAACAGAUCGAUGAGCUCGCCCACGAGCCGGGCUGCCCCGACCACGGCAUCGACCCCUACUGGCACUCGUGCGUCGUCGCGGACCUGUCGGCAGCUUCCCUCGCCGCCGAGCCUGCCGCCCUCUCCCAGGCGGCACCCGGAUUCGCCUCGCAAGACAAGGGUGCGUCUGGCGACGACCCUCGCGACACCGAGCUGCUGACCCCUCCCUCGCUGCCCGUCUGGACGGUCACCAUCGUCGUCUUCGCCGUCGCCCUCGCGGCCCGCGUCUUCACGAUGCGGGGACGGGGGCGGGGCGGGGCGGCAGAGGAGGAGCGCCCGGCGAUUGUGGCGCCUAUGAUCUGAUGUGCGGCGGACGGUACGUGCGGCGGACGGUACGUGCGGCGGCGGGGGUGGGGCCGCUGAGGCGCCCACUGAGAAGCCGGCGGUGCAGUCCACGUUGCGUUUGAUGUGCCCGUCGCUCUUGCUCGGACGCCAUGAAAAGCACUCGGAGGAGAGCAGGUGUCCAUCUAGUUGCAGCUUGCAGGUGAGCUGUGCUUUGGGAAGAACUUUUUUUUUGGAAUGGAUGGCAUGUGCCGUUCC